ACCUCUUCUCUUACUCCUUCUCAAGUCUCUCUCCCUAUUUCUGAGAUGGAUAAUUUGAGUCUGUUGCUUCCUGGAUUUCGCUUCCGUCCCACUGGCGAAGAACUGAUCCUGCAUUACCUAAACCCCAAAGUUCUUAACUUGCCUUUGCCCGCUGAUGUCAUCCUUGAGAUUGAUAAUGUCUGCAAAGUUGAUCCUUGGGAUUUGCCUGGUGGUUUAGAUGGAGAGAUGUACUUCUUCAGCACAAGAGAGGUGAAGAAUGGGAGCGGGAAUCGGUGCAGCAGAGCUACCUUGUCUGGGUAUUGGAAAGCCACCGGUAAGGACAAGAAAAUCACGGUUUCCGGUGAGGCGCAAGGCGGCGUUGUUGGAAUGAAAAAAACUCUAGUGUUUUAUGAAGGGAAGCCUUCCAAUGAUUCCAAAACUGAUUGGAUUAUGCAUGAUUAUCGCCUGGGCGAUGCCCCUCAGCCCCAGGCAAAUUUGGUGCUGUGCCGAAUCUUCCUGAAGAAGAGAGGCCGCGAGAGGAGCCGAGCUACAAGUCUAAUACCAGCAUUCCGUGAUUUCUUCGGCGCAGAGAGAGCCGAUUUGAAUCUGGCUCCGGUUUCCUCAUCGUCCUCUCGCUCCAGUUCUGUUACCGAGUCUUAGAGCGAGAGAGUAUUACCAGGAAGCCACCAUCCCAGCUGCUCAAGUUUUCAAGAAGCUGCAUGUCCGAUCCUUUAGUUUCUUUCAACUAAUUUCAUGCUUUCUAGUCCUUUAAUUCGGAGAUGUACUUUUUUAGCUGUCAAUUCCAACUUUCUUCCUUCAAUUCUGUGUGUUUAUCACAAC